AUGACCCCCAAAGCUCCAGUGUCUGCCUUUGCCAACAUCAUCUUUUCGACGGGAGUCCCCUUCCGAUUUGCCGACAGUCCAGCUUUGGCUAUUUUUGUGCACUUGGCCCGUCCAGCAUACACGCCGCCGUCAGCGAAGUUGAUAACCGGGCCGCUGUUGGACAGGGCCCAUGCUCAGAUGGAGAAUUCCAUGAGCGCUUUCAUGGACAACCAGCCCAUCGCCAGCUUGGUAUCCGAUGGGUGGACAUCAAUGCGAAACGAUCACAUGGUAAACUUUGUCGCCGUUUUCCCUUUGAAAACAGCUAGACCAGUGUUUGUGAAAGCCAUCGCGACGGACGACAUUUCGCAAACCGGUGUCAACAUUGCUGCAGAGCUCGACCGUGCUAUUGUGGCCAUCGAGGUUUCCAAAGUGGGAAGUGUUGUGACGGACAACGCCGCGUGUAUGAAGAGUGCCUGGAAAAUCCUGGAACAGAGGUACCCUGGUUUGAUCUGCAACGGUUGCGCUGCUCAUGCAGUGAAUUUGUUGAUCAAAGAUGUGUGCAAGUUGGAGGUGUUUGCCAACGCACUGGAGCGUGCCGGGGACGUGACUUCUUUUGUCAAAGACCGCAAUGCUCUGACGAAACGAUUUGAACGCAUCCAGGACACGCUGUUGGCCGACGGGGAAAUUUCCUCCAAACGCGCAUUUGUCCUCCGUGGUGGCUACACGAUGCUCGCCAACACGGCCUUAUUCCACGACCUCAAGGUCACGCCAGGUUCUCGGGUGAAGAAGGCUGUAUUUGUGGAUGCUAUCACCGACGCAACGUUUUGGUCGAAUUUGCAGUCGAUGGAAGCGACGUUGCGACCAACUUGCAGCAUCAUCGGCAAGUUCGAGGGUGACACUUGUUGUUUGUCCGACGUGUAUCGCUUGUUUCUCGAGUUGCGGGCGCAUUGGAGUACCAGCGACGAGUUGACAGAACUGUUGCUAGACCGGUGGGCCUUUAUUCACACGGAAUCCAUGGGGUUUGCGUAUUUUCUGGAUCCAACAACCCGAGCUGGUGAGGGGAUGUUCGAGGAUGACCUGUAUGACAACGCCCAUCUGCUACAAGAAUUUGUUCUUGUCAAAAAACAAAUCAGCUCAAAUGUCGAAGCUGUCCGGACAGAGUUGGCAAAUUUUGUCGAUGCCAUGAAGAAUCCGUCGGACAAGGCAAAAUUCUUCAUCGAACAAUGCGCCACACCCAUGACAUAUUGGCACCAAGUGGGCUCAACGAAGUUUCCCAUCCUGUGUGCAGUUUCUCGGAUUAUGUUCAGUGUUCCAACGUCUCAAGCAGCCUCACAACGUGUUUGGAUCAUUUAUGACUUCAUUUUGACCAAGCGGCGAAACCGGUUAAGUCCAGCGAAGGUUACGAAGUUGGUACAGUUGUAUAUGAAUGCAGAUUUGUCGUCCCGAGGCAGUUUGGUCAGUGUAAUGAUGGGCCAAGAAAGCGAUGCGGGCGAAAGUGACGAUGAAACCAAGACUUAG